GAGAGAAUAAAUUAAAAAAAAAAAAGAAAGAAGCCCUAGCCUGCUUCGCCGUGGAGAUUCAAACCGCGACGAGCUCGUAAUCGGCGACAUCGAUUUCGCCAUCACUUACGCCGUUGGGUUUAUAUGUCUCCAUCGCUAAGAGAUUAACCAUCGAGCGUGUGUAGGUAAUAAAUUGGGAGAUCAAGCGAACAGUAUCAUUUGGAAAUGGCGAAAGUAGUUGCUCCUGGUACUUUUGGUACCUCUCUUCAGAUCAGUGGCGGCUCAAAAGCUGCGCCGAAACCUAAGAGGAAGACGCCCUCUGAACUGAGAGGAGAACAACUGAAGCGGACUGCGUUUGUUGACCAAGCUAAAGAAGCUUUUGAUGCAUUGCGCCCUUGUAAAAGUGCUGAGAGAGAAAAUGGGCUCAAGAAACAAGAGCUUUCGAAGAAUCCAAAGUACAUAGAGAUGCGUAUGGAUGAAGUAUAUCCUGUCAAAAAGGCUAGGCCUUGGAUGCUCUCUGGUAAAGAAAACUCUAAGGAAAAUGGUGUGAAGCAAUCCAGCAGCCUAAUCAAUGUUUCUUUUCUCUCAAAUGUUGCUGCCAACAAAAGGCAACUUAUUCGUGAGGAGAAUAAUGUUUCUACUGAAGUUUCUGAUGAUAUUAAGGGUGAAGUUCGUCAAACAAAUGAGAGAUGUAGCCAGAGCAUAUUUCGCAGUGUCACGGAACUUUCAACCAGGGGUGAAGAUUUAUCUUGCUUGCCAGAUAUUGAUAUGAAUAAAGCAUUGAAAGGACUUGCCACUUGUGAACCUUUGCUUGUUCAUCCUGGUGACAUAGCUGGGACAUCUGAGACUGCUUCAUUACGUGAAAGUUUCAUGUCCGAAUUCGAAGUUCCUGGGCAAAAGAUUCCUCUGGACCUUUCCAUGAAGACAUAUGCCCGACUUGUUUCCUCUUCUCCAUUAAAUUGGUUACAUAGGUCAAUUAUGUGUAGUACGUACAAUGGUAUGCCACAGCUGAAGUUGCCGUCGUGUAAUGUGGUAAAUCUAGAUAGCAGUAGCAGUUCUGGAUCUGAUGUGGUUACCCAGGUUUUAAAUCCUAUGUCACUACACUCGUGGAUUUAUCCUCAGUCCUCCUUGCCACCUUUUAUAAUAUCAGCAUGGUUAGCAUCUGGAUCUGACAGAGGUGAAGUUGAUUUCCUACAAAAACGAAAAUUGGAAUGGGAGGAUGCUUUUCGAAGCCUAUAUUAUAUGUUUCGGAAGAAUAUCUGCAAAAUAUUCUAUGUCUGUACUUCUCAGUUCGUGGCAAUGUUCAUCGGAAGCUGUGAGUCAGGGGGUGUUAAACGCUCAUGCAAUGGCUAUAUCACCCAGUCAACUAGAAGAUUGAGAGCCAUGCUUAAAGAUCUUGACAUCUGCUAUUCUAUGCCUCUUUGCAAAACUAAAAAGGACCAGACUACUGUUGAAGAUCUUGCUGAACUCUCAGAGAUAGAGAAUCAUAACCUCGGCCAGGUUCGUCGUUUGCGUUCUAUCUCAAACAUAGAUAAUACUCCAGAAUCGUUCUUGGCUUUUGUUGGAAAUGAGAGCGUACAUGGAUUGUAUGAUCUUUUGUUAAAUUAUAGGUCUUCUUUUGGAUUUCUUCCCACUGCAGACGUUCCUGUAUUAUAUUCACCAGUCCCAUUUCAGAAUGCUUCAGUGUCUUCUCCUGAGAUCAAGUGCACAGAGACAGUAAGAACAAAACAUACAAGUAGCUGUGUUGAGAUUAAAGGCGAAUAUCUUCCGCCGUGGAUUAUUAGCAAUAUUUGUGCAAAUGUGGGUGCGAAUGGACAAAACUUUGAAGCCAGCUUUGUGACUGAGCCAACCUCAGUUAACUUAAACAUUGGUCUAGCACAAGUCCCAGAGAAGUCCAACCCUGAGUCUCGAGUCAUAGAAGACGGAGAAACAUACGAUGCACCUGGCAUUCCUGGAGCAGUGAUAUGUCCUCAGCUACAGUCAGGCUAUCUUAAGAGCUUGAAGUAUUGCAACAAGUCUUACACGGUUUCGUUGUCUCCCUCGUGAUCUGUAUUUGCUUUGAAUCAUUCGUAUUUUUCUGGUUUUCAUCAUUAUAUGUAUGAGUGAAUGUCCUCAACAACAAGUCAUCAACCCAAUGGUAAUGUUAUUGGUAAUAUGGCUAACAUAUCCAGAAACACUUUUGUUGGCAAUGCACAAGAAAACGUUGGUUUGAACC